AGAUCACCUGCGAAUUAAGCCUGCCAACGUGCUACCGGAAAAGCUUCGCGAUGUUUUCAAACCGUUUGCGUUUUUCAAUCCGAUGCAAAGCAAGGUCUUUGCGAAAACCUUUGCGUGUGACUGUAAUGUUCUGGUGUCGGCUCCGACUGGCGCCGGUAAGACCGUUAUAUCACUCAUGGCGAUAACGCGACUUUUGCACCAGGAUCCCAACUUUGCAGCGAAGCACAUGUCUGUGUUUUACAUAGCGCCUUUCAAAUCUCUGGUUAACGAAAUUUCGGAGAAACUGCAAAGUUACGUUUCGUGCUGCAGUUUGACUACACGAGCCGUAUCUUCAGACACCAACGCAUUUCAACUUGCAAAGUGCAAUGCUCAUAUUGUAGUGACUGUUCCAGAGAAAUUUGAUGUGAUGUUGAUUAACAAUGCGCAACUCUUGACUUCAAUUCGACUAGUUAUUCUUGAUGAGAUUCACAUUGUAGGCCAGGACCGAGGACACGUUAUCGAAUCGAUCGUCAACGCGAUAAAAAGACACAAUAGAUCCGGGCCGGCCAAAGUGAGACUCGUAGUUCUGAGUGCCACUCUCCCCAACUACAAAGCUGUCGGCUCGUGGCUCGAUGUGCCGCAAAGUUCAAUUUUUCACUUCGACGACUCUUACCGCAGUGUGAGUUUGCAGCGAUUUUUGUACGGCAUAAGCGACUCACUGCGCGAUAAAGCUGCAGCUUCCGUCAAGAACCAGUUAGUUUUCGAGGAAAGCUUGCUGAGCAUCAAACAGAAAAAACAAGUUUUGUGUUUUGUUUUCUCACGCCAGGGAACAGUUUGUCUCGCGAAUGAGCUGCUGAGUCGGUACAAGAGCAACAGUUUGACUUCGUUGCUCGUUAACAGUAACACUUCAAGGACACUGUCGUCGCGACUAAAACUGUUAGCCUCGGCCGAAGUCCGCACUUUGUUCCAAGCGGGAAUUGGCGUGCACCAUGCCGGUCUCAGCAGCAAGGAAAGGAAAUGCAUUGAGAAAUCUUUUAUGGACGGUUCGCUGCAGCUCUUGGUCUCAACUUCAACAUUAGCGUGGGGAGUGAAUCUGCCAGCGCACCGCGUGAUUAUUGCUUCCACGCAGAUCACUGACCCAGACACAGGCGUUGCGCGCGACGUGUCAUUGCUGGACAUUCUUCAGAUGUUCGGACGCGCUGGCAGACCUGACUAUGGGUCGGAGGGCGUUGCGGUGAUCAUGACUGCGAUGAGUAAGGUGGACCAGUACGUCGCUCAGUUGACGUGGUGGAGUGCCGAACCGUAUACGAAUUGCUAG